GUGGCAUUAGGACCAAACCCUGACAGAUUCUUUGUGGCAUUAGGAUCAAACUCUGACAGAUUCCUUGUGGCAUUAGGAUCAAACUCGGACAGAUUCCUUGUGGCAUUAGGAUCAAACCCUUACAGAUUUCUUGUGGCAUUAGGAUCAAACCCUUUCAGAUUCCUUGUGGCAUUAGGAUCAAACCCUGACAGAUUUCUUGUGGCAUUAGGAUCAAACUCUGUCAGA